AUGCGGUCGCCCAGCCUCGUCACCUUCGCUGAGAACGUUCUACUUGCUGUCCAGCGUCGCCAUGUCCUGGCAGUAGUACUAGCUGUGGCGCUAGCUCGGUACGUGUACUUGCGUCGUCGUCGCCACGUUGACCAGCUGUGCCUUUACCGCGCACUUAGUCGCUACGUCACGACCGAGACCCGAGACCGACCGGAUAAGUGCGCAUCCCCCACUUUACUGACCUCGCCAGCCGAGGAGUGGCACAUUGUGACAGAGCAUGGUACCCGCAUGCAGUCGCUCGUGUACUACCCGCUAGAGUCCGUCAAGCACAAGACGCUCGUGUUGGUCAUUCCAGGCAACCCCGGCGUCUCGUUCUACUAUCUGCCGCUUAUGCAGGAGCUUAUUCGAAAGCACGGGCGACGCCACGAGGUGCGCUGUCUGUCACACGUGGGCCAUUUUAUGCCGUAUAAGAACAAGGGACAGGCGUUCACGCUGCAAGAACAGCUGGAGUACAAAGCCGCGUACCUGCAGCAGCGACUGCGUGACGAGCCAACGCUGCAGCUCGUCCUGAUUGGCCAUUCGAUUGGCAGUUACUUCUUGCUGGACAUGGCCAGGCGAUUUCGUCAACACAUUGCCAAGCUCGUGUUCAUGCAGCCGACGAUUAUGCACAUGGCAUUGUCUCGGAAAGGGAAGCAGAUGAUGCCGUUGUUUCACAACUACGAACGAGGAGUGGCACUUGUUGCAGCAGUGGAAUUUCUCAUGCCACUGUCGCUACGUCGCUGGAUUGUCCGUCGCGUCUUGGGAGAUAAGACGUCUGAACCAUUGCAAUUGGCGUCGCUCUCUCUCGUGAAUGCGAGUGUCAUGCGCAACGUGCUUAAAAUGGCGGCGAACGAGAUGGAAGAAGUCACCGAGCUGGACGGAGAUCUACUGGCGAAGAUUGAAGAGAAGGUCUUGUUUGUCUAUUCGACGGUGGAUGAGUGGGUGCCUGCUGAGUUUGUACAAGAGUACCAGCUCCGCUUUCCAAACGCGCAGCACCGUGUUGUCCCACAAGCUCAUGCCUUCAUGAUGGACGUCAACGGUACGCGCGAUAUGGCGGCACACAUUUCACAUUGGAUCAGUGAGGUUCUUGACGGCAAGCAGUCGGGGGAGAUGGAUGCGGUAGUAGCAUAG